UGCGGCCGGGCCGCCGUCUCGCGAGAGUCGCGCGCGGUCUCGCGCGGCUGUGGCCCGCCCCCGGGUGCUUGGGCCGGCGUUGGCGCCGAGCGGAGGCGGCCCGGGGUCAGUGCCGCGGCGGCGCCGAGCCUGUGUCUGUUUCUUCUUGGUCGUGUUGUCUCUCAUCUCUGGAAGGAGAUUAUUUAAAGAAAAAAUUCGGCUGAUGGUGGAAAUAAGUGGGAAGAUUUCCUUUGAAGUAAGAGCCAAAACAGAAAAUGAGUCUGCUUUCAGAAGAUGCAGUGUACUAGAUGUGGUGCUUGGAACAGAAUUAGUCAUGGCAUCAGAACUGUGUAAAACAAUCUCUGAGGCAAAGCUGGAAAGGCACAAGAACUUGUUCUUAAAUUACCGAAAUCUGCAUCACUUUCCUUUGGAGUUACUGAAAGAUGAGGGGCUGCAGUACUUGGAGAGACUUUAUAUGAAAAGAAAUUCCCUGACCACAUUGCCAGAAAACCUUGCACAGAAGCUUCCAAACCUCGUGGAAUUGUACCUUCAUUCAAAUAACAUAGUUGUUGUACCUGAAGCCAUUGGCUCCCUCGUUAAACUGCAGUUUCUGGACCUAAGUGAUAAUGCCCUCGAAAUUGUGUGCCCGGAGAUUGGCCGCCUGAGAUCUUUACGUCACCUUCGCUUGGCUAACAACCAGCUGAAAUAUUUACCUGCAGAGGUCGGAGACCUGAGGGAGCUGCAAACACUGGACAUUUCGACCAACCGCUUGAUAACUUUACCCGAAAGGCUGCAUAUGUGUCUCUCGCUGCAGUACUUGACUGCAGACCGCAAUCACCUGUGGUGCGUUCCCCGCCACCUGUGCCAGCUGCCCAGCCUCAACGAGCUGUCCAUGGCUGGAAACCGCCUCGCCUUUCUGCCGCUCGAUUUAGGUCGUUCUCGGGAGCUACAGUAUGUUUAUGUGGAUAACAACAUUCAUCUGAAAGGGCUUCCGUCUUAUCUGUAUAAUAAAGUCAUUGGUUGCAGUGGUUGUGGCUCUCCAAUUCAGGUUUCAGAGGUGAAACUGCUCUCUUUUUCAUCGGGACAGUUAACUGUGUUCCUGCCAGCAGAGGUGAAAUCUAUAGGGACAGAAACGGAUCACGUGCUGCCAUUGCAAGAACUGGCCAUGAGGACACUCUAUACCACCUACUGCAGGCUUUUAAAAGACUUGAACUUUCUGACUCCAAUCUCAUUACCCAAAAGCCUCUUGGAAUUGCUGCACUGUCCCUUGGGACACUGCCACCGUUGCAGCCAGCCCAUGUUUACCAUUGUCUACCCAAAGCUCUUUCCCUUGAGGGAAACUCCAAUGGCCGGAUUGCAUCAAGGGAGGACAACUGUUAGUUUUGUGGCAUACUGCUGCUCCACCCAGUGUCUGCAGACUUUUGACCUACUGAGUUGAUAAACACUUAAAACUACUCAGGAGCGCUGCCAGCUUAAAGCUGCAUUAGACUGCAUAGCCCGUUGGUACUGGAAUACUGUGUGCGUGCGUGUGUGCCAAAGCAGCCAAAGUGCCCAUUUAGGAACACGGAGAGGCACUUAAUUCCUGCCCUGUCAAAGUUGGAUGAACUGCAGAAACUUUUCGGAAGUGUAAAUACCAGGCUUUUACAAGUAUUAACUUCUCUCUCCUCCAAGACAGCAUACAAACCAAAUAAAUGUCCUAUCUCCAGAUUUCCAGUAUUUUUCAAGUGUGGCAGUUUUCAAGUGAGGCCGGUUCUAACAGUGUUCAACUGAUCUAUAAUUAAAAAAAAAAAUACAUAUCCAUUUCUGACAAGCCAGUUUUCAAUUAUUAUCCCCCCCCCCCAUCCUCUUCACCCUACAGUGGGAUACAGGUGUAUAGAUCUAAACGGAGAGAAAGCUUUGAAGGAUCACAGUGACUCUCUCAUAGAACUUGGCUUUAUUUUCUCCCACUCAUCUUAAUAGUUUUCCCAAUACAGUGAGCCCAGUUAUAGACUGAAUCUUUGUUAGCUAACUGGUACUUAAAUCUGUGUGUUCAAAGCAGGUCUGUCUUUCUGAUAUCAUUACAAGCCACACUGAUUUCCUUGGAAUAAUGAGGAUAUGUGCAGAGACUGAAGAACCUGUUUCGGUAACAAAGGCCGAUACUGAUGUCUACACUAAGUGGUCUUGCUCCAGCAUGUUUGGGGGAUGUGUUUUCUUUAUUUUAAUCUUGGGCUUUUAUAAAACACUUUCCCUCUUGCUUCUUUGAGUUCUUCAGGGGGAAGAAGACUUUAAAUACAAAUUUCCCUUGAGGAAAAUAGUAAUAUGAUGGUAAAUACUUAUUUAUUAUUUUGGUAAGUGCAGACUGUAGACCUGCAAAGAGCCAAGGAGCUGUUUUCCAUCCUUUUCUUGGUUCACCAUUUGGCUGAUAUCUAAAAGAGGUUCAUUUGAGUGUCGUAACCUCAGAGAAAGCUGGAAAAGGGGGAAAAGUAUGUAUAUGUCCAUGUGUAGGCAUAUAUGCAUACAUAGGUAUCUUCACAAAAGGGCUGUAACAUUUGUUUUAGCAUGUUAAUAGUAGAUUUAGCACAAAAUUCCACUCAUCAUCAUCUUUGUGGGAAUCCAUUUUUGUUUGAUCAUGUUCAUUUUAAAUAAAGGACAAAGGAUGGAAAAAAGGCCCAAAAUGUUUGCAUAACUUAAAUUUUUAAUUUUACAGUGAAACGACUUAUAUAAAAUCAGCCCCUCUUGGUUUGUUUUGGAAUAUAUACAUUUUUAAUACAAUGUCUUCAUGAUUUAUUCUUAGGUAUAAACCACAAGUUGAUUUAACACCAUGUUCUGCUCUGUGCAGUAGUUAGUUACAUGCUGAAAUAGAUAUGAAUGAAACAGUUUGUUAUAAAAAUGGCAAGAUAAAGAGGCGUAUUUGGUAGUAUAUUAGCAUAUGUUGUGGUGAGGUGCACAUAUUUUGAAGGGAGGAGGCACUAAAAUGUUUUCCUUUUGCCAAAGAAGCAUUUGUUCCUGCUGCAAGCUUCCUGGCAUCUCUUCAAUACAUAGAGUAUCUUAAGAGCUUAAAAACAGUACCAAAAAGGCAGUUUUGGGGGGUGAAAUUUUUAGGUUGUGCGUGUUACUUGUAAAAGCUGUGCUGGUUUUACUGGGUUGGUUUCAGAUAGUUGAAUUAGCAUUAAGAAAUGUAGAGCUUAAUCCUUCAGGAAUGCAAGUAUCAUCUACAUUUUAAGAAUUGUGAAACUUUCUAAAAUAAAUCCCAUUUAAUAAAACUGCUUUGCAGUAGGGGAAAGAGCCCUGUCCAAGCAGACUUUGUACUAUUGGAUUUCUUACUCUCUGUUACUUCACUAAUUUCUUUCAAUUUUGGUAUGCCCAACAGGCCUUCCUACCAGGUGGGGAUUACUAUAGAAGCUGCAAUAUGAAUCUUCAGCUGUUUUCUUUUUCUGCAGUGCUACAUAUUUGAGGUAUAAAUUGCCCAUGUUCAAUAUAUGCCUAUAUCAGAAAUGUGCAAGUGUAGUACAGAAACCAGUAUUUUAAUGGAUGGCACAUGCAGAUGUCAUUAAAUGGUUUAAUUUGCCCUACAGUCAUAUGUCAUGUGUUUUUAGCUUUUGGAAUAGAGCAAUUGUGAAUUGGCCCAGCAUUUGAAAAGGCGUGUAUUGGUAAACAGAAAAAAGAAAUAUGAAACACACCCAUUUUAAAGUGGCACCUGAUUCCACACACUAGUCCUUCCCUUAAGUAAAAUACUGUUGGACUGAAAAUAAUCCUGCAAAAUACUCUGAUAAAAAAAGGAUUGUAGUAUUACAUGUAUUAAUUAUUGGUGCAAUAUUCUGAUCAUGACUUUUCAGUAUCAUUUUUAUUGUGGUUUCCUCUGUUCUUUGGAGGAGAUAUAUUGUUGGCAGUUUAUUUUACCUUUUUUUUAUCAUUAGCAAGUCAUAGACUUUGUUUAAAACAAAGUUUAUUUCUGAAUUCUGUCUGUGAAUAGUAUUUUGGAGUUAAAUCUUUUGGUCAGUUAAAAGGCAUAGGCUUUUGUUUUAUUAAGAAUCAAACAGUAAGAGUGGGGCUUGACUUUUUUUUUUUUUCCCCACAAUCUAAUUGUUUUUUUAUUGGCUUCAUAUCAGUGUCUUUAUUAUUGUCUGCAAGUGCAGUUCAGCAGAAGAAAUUCUGAUUUGUUCUAUAAGCAGGAUGAAUCUUAACUAACAUUUUGAUAGAUGAUAUAUUGGGAAUGGAAUGUUCAAUGAAUAAAUGACUUAAGCAUGCAAUUGACACUGAAAUGUCAUACCCUAUGUUUUUUAAAAGAAGGAAGAAGAAAGACAAUAUAUAGACUGAAAAUGUAGCUUAAAUUCAUGUCUCUGUUUUUGAUACAAACUGUUUGUUUGUAUUCAUCUGUAUCUUUGGGUGGCAUUGUUCUAAAUUAAAAUAACUCCCUUCUCACUUGUCCAAAUUUUUCUAAUGUUGUUCUACUGUAACAGUAUUUCAUACUAGCUAAUGUGAGGAGCCAGCUAUGCAAGUUGCACAGAGGGGAGGGAGCUUGCUGAUGAUUGAACUGUGCGUCACUAGUUUUUUCAAUGUGAGUUCACGUACUUUGUGACUUCUCUUUAAUGCAUUUACUUCUAAGUAAGCUUGAUUGAUUGCUCUUGUUGGUCAGGUCUGUUCAUUUUGAAAUCAAUUUCUUCUUGAGUUUCACAGAACCUGGUGCCAGCAGUAUAAAGAAAAUGACCAUUUCUGUAUGUAAAAAUAGAUCUUAACUCUUUGCUUAGGAUGAGAGUGGGGGAAGUUUCUGAUUUUUUCUUUUUUACCAGGAAUUAUAAGAGGAUGGGUGCAGAAGAAGAAAGGUUAUAAAGGUUUUUAACUCAUCAAUAUUUCUAUAAAUUUUUUCUAAGAUUAACUCCUAAUGCAAUUUAGGGAGCACAGGCAUACUUUUUAUUUGUUGUGGUAACAGGCACCUCGUUAAUAAUAUUGAAACCCUACUGGGUUGUGCUUACAGAGAUAACUUUUUGUUUUACCAUGAAGGAAAUGGAGGAAUCUUUAGCUUUGUUUAAAAAUUCUACUUGAGCAGUUUUAUACUGGACAUUGUUACUUUUGGAAUAUUGUACUUUGGAACCUUCCUGCUACUCCCGCCAUAGAGGAUCAGAAAUACAAAUGUCCUUUCCUGUGCAAAAACAAGCUCUAAUAUUAAAGAAGUGAGUAUUUUUCUGUUUUGGCCUGAUAUUUCUAUUGGGCUUUUAUUGAAGUUCAUUACAAACCUCCUAUUUACUUCGUUGUGAUGAGGUCAAGAUCUUAUACUGAGCAGAGUGGAGCUGUUUAUUGCCAAGUUGGCUGCAGUUCUUAUAUAUCAAAUUCUGCUGAAUCCCUUUUUCUGGCAAGAAGGGAGGACAAGACUGUUGUAAUCUCCUGUGUGGUAACAGUUUGUCAGGUUUUACUGACAUCACAGCCAAGUUGACGAUUGGAGAGUGACAGAACUUUCACUGGAGAAGGUGACCUUUUUUUUGUUUGUGAAGGCCUCUGAGGCCCCAUCAGAGUACCACUGAUAACAGAAGAACCUUUGCCUCGAUGUCAGUGGAAGCUGGAUCAAGUCUUAAUUGACGAGAGAGAAGAAUGUGUUCUACCGUCACGGUAUUUCUUGCAAAAGUUGGGACAAUGAGACUGAAGUCCAUGCCUGUUGUUAGGCAACCUUUCUAUCUGCAGCUGAGCUUAUGUAAUUCCAAGAUGUAAUUGUCUUUGCCUCUUAUUAGUACUACUCACAUUAUUGCAAAAUGUUAGCGUUAAUUUGUGAUGGAAGAGGCUGAGUAAAUUGAAUCCAGAAUUUUUAUUACUUUUUUGUAUUACAGACCUAUUUUGUAAGAGACCAAAGGUCUGGUGGAAAGAAAUGGCAAGAUUCAUGUGAAGUCUCCAUUGUUUUUGCUACAUGUGCCCUUCUUUGGAUUACAGUUUGAGCUUGGAUUACAACUGAGUUCAGUCUGUCUGUCGAAAGCAUAUAUGUAUUGCUUUUAGCUCUGUAUUAACCAAAUGUCAACUAGUGUGAAAGUAAGCCUGCUAGAUGUUUUAUUUAUAGUAGUGCAAUUUAUUGUAUGUGUUUGUUAAUAAACUAUAUUUUUGGAUAGA